AUGUCUCAUCUUCCCUCCGAGCCCGAGUUCGAGCAGGCCUACAAGGAACUUGUGGCCACUCUCGAGGAGAGCUCUCUAUUCCAGGAGCACCCGGAGUACAAAACCGCGCUUAAUGUUGUUUCUAUCCCCGAGCGCACCAUUCAAUUCAGAGUCGUCUGGGAAGACGACAAGGGAAACCUACAGGUUAACCGCGGAUACCGUGUUCAGUUCAACUCGGCGCUAGGCCCGUAUAAGGGUGGUUUGCGAUUCCAUCCUACUGUUAACCUAUCAAUCUUGAAGUUCCUCGGUUUCGAGCAAAUCUUCAAGAAUGCCUUGACUGGCCUGAGCAUGGGUGGUGGCAAGGGAGGUGCCGACUUCGACCCUAAGGGCAAGAGCGACAAUGAGAUUCGACGCUUCUGCGAGGCUUUCAUGCGCAGACUCUCCCAGCACAUUGGCGCUGAAACUGAUGUGCCUGCCGGUGACAUCGGUGUUGGUGGCCGAGAAGUCGGAUACCUUUUCGGCACAUACCGCAAGGAGCGGAACAAGUGGGAAGGUGUCCUUACCGGAAAGGGUCUCACUUGGGGUGGUAGUUUGAUUCGACCUGAGGCCACCGGCUACGGUCUCGUCUACUACGUCGAGCACAUGAUCUCCUACACCGGCCAGGGCUCCUUCAAAGGAAAACGCGUAGCCAUCUCCGGCUCCGGCAACGUAGCGCAAUACGCCGCCCUAAAAGCAAUCGAGCUCGGCGCAACCGUAGUCUCCCUCUCCGACUCCACCGGUUCCCUCAUCGCCGAAGGCGACGCCUUCUUUACCCCCGAACACGUAAACGAGAUCGCGGAAGUAAAACUCGCGCGUAAGCCGCUCACCGCGUUCAGCGGAACCAGUAAAUUCAAAUGGGUAGCUGGGGCUCGUCCUUGGACACAUGUCGGGAAUGUGGAUAUCGCGCUGCCCUGCGCGACCCAGAACGAGGUUAGUAAGGAGGAGGCUGAGGCCCUGGUUAAGGGCGGCGCCAAGUUUGUUGCUGAGGGCUCGAAUAUGGGGUGUACGCAGGAUGCUAUUGAUGUGUUUGAGGCGGUAAGAAAGGAGGGUGGUGGGGGUAAGGUUUGGUAUGCGCCCGGUAAGGCUUCGAAUGCCGGCGGUGUGGCGGUUUCUGGCCUCGAGAUGGCGCAGAAUAGCAGUCGGUUUAGUUGGACUGAGGAGAGGGUUGAUGAGCGGUUGAAGCAGAUCAUGAAGGGAAUCUUCGACCAGAGCAUUGACAACGCCAAGCGAUACGUCAAGACCAACAAGGACGGCGAGUUGCCCAGCUUAGUUGCCGGAGGAAACAUCGCCGGUUUCCUAAAGGUCGUCCAGGCUAUGCACGACCAGGGCGACUGGUGGUGA